CCAAUUCUUCCGACGGUGAACAACUGAACACCGAAGCUUGCAGGACAAGCCCACCAAGACAAUGGCAUCUCGUGUGCCCAUCGUCGUUCCCCUGCCACCCUCCGCAACCGCAUGCCCUCCCGCUCCCGUGCCACUCCCUCGACCGCUCCAGACUUCCACGAAGCUUUCUCCCCUUCCCCGGCCGUCCCGAAGCGGCGCGCGUCCGUUACCCCGAUCCUCCUCCUCGACGACGAUGACGAUGCCCCUCCACCGCCGAAGCGGCGGCCCGAGCCGCCGGGCUCCGUCGUGCGCGAGGCUCCCCAAUCGGUUGCCCCUUGCUCGCUGGGCCACCGCUCCCGAGCCGCCUCUGGCGAGACGCAUGAUUCUGAUUCUGAUUCUGAUUCUGAUUCUGCUCUCCCGCGGUCGUUCCGCUUCGACUACGAUGCUGCCGCUUCGAGGAUCCCCGUAUCGGCUCCCCGGUGCUCGGUCGACCCCGACACUGCUGCUGCUAAGACGCCGGGCUUCACCACCCCGCGCUCUGUUGGGCCUUCCAGCACCCCGGGCUUCUCUUCUACUAGCCGCACGACGCAUGAUUUGUCUGGAGCUUCUUGUCCAAUAUCUCUGGACAGUGAUGAUGAGUUGGAUGACUUUGGGUACAAAUGGUCUACCCCGCAGAAAGAGGACACACCCAGCAAGGAUGAGAAAAAACAGGAAACAAAAAUGCAAAAAGAAGCUGAUAAACAUCAACGAACAGAGCAGAAGAAGUUGGCCAAAGAAAAAGAAGACUGGUUCAGGAAAAGAUGCUUUACGAUCGAUUGUGGCAGAGAUUGACCCAACGGUCCUCGAAAUCGGCUCAAUCGGAGGUUCUCUUCUGACAAGGUUUGCAGAGAAGAACCUUACAUUUCAAGUUAAGCCUAAUCCAAUGAGGGGAUCAAUCUUGUGGAAGAUGGUUCCUCAAAAUGAUCAGCAUCCAGUUUCAGAAGUAUCAUAUAUUCUAUUUGUGCUCCAAGCUCAGGAAUCCUGUGAUCUUAUAAGAAAUGGAGCGUUCUUCAAUCAUGUUCUCGAAGUUCGAGCUCGCUAUCCAACAUUCACCAUUUGCUAUGUCAUUAAUAAAUUGGUGAAAUGCAUCAAACAAGUGAGCAACAUCAGUAUUCGAAUCCAUCCAGUUCUAAUAGCUGGAAACGUCCACCAGUGGAAGAGGUUUUAUGCAAAUUAGUAACACACUAUGAUAGAGUACACUCAAAGCAAUGCACAGAUGAAGCUGAAGUGGCAGAGCAUGUUGUUGGUUUGACAACUAGUCUUGCAAAUUGCAAAUUCAGGAAACAGUUGACAUGGUUAUAUGUGCAUGGUAAUGGUGCGAUGACAUCAAAGGGAUCCGUGGAUAAAGCUCUGUUUAAGAACAAUACCUGGUUGAGGUUUUUAAUAGCUAUCCCUAAACUCAAGCCAAGUUUGGCCCUUGCAAUCUCGAAGAAGUACAGUACAAUGAGAUCCCUUCUGAAUGUUUAUAUGGAUCCUAGUAAAACUGAGCGUGAGAAGGAGCGUUUGCUUUACGACCUCAUGUGUGAAGAUAGCCUUGGUAAUGAAACCAAAAAAUUGGGAAAGAUAUGGUCUAAAAGAUUGUACAAAAUUCUCAUGGCACAAGAUGGGGCAAUGGGAGCAGAUGAAGCUUUGAAAUCCUAAUGACUGAUGUGCGCACGUAGGAUCCUUUUGGCCUUGCUAAACUAGUGUAUAUGUCUAUAUUGUUGCUCACCACCAAGAUGAAACUUCAUCUCCCUGCGGUGCUUUUGUUAUGAGGCCAUCACCUACUACUUCCUCUGUUCUUCUGAGGUUUUGGCAAGCCAAAUUAACUUGCCGAAUGGUCUUAUAAAAGGAAAUGGAGGGAGUUCUGUGUUAAUUACUGUCAUUUAUUAUGUUCUGGAGAAACCUAUGAAAACGUAAAGACCGUAUGAUCAAGUGAAUGCUAUGCUAGAUAUCUGUAUGAUAAGCUAUGUGUACUGUACUUUGUCAGAUAGCAGCAUCGUUAACUAAGGACUCUUAUCAA